AUGAUCAAUCACGUUACAAUUAAGGGAACAAUGUAUAAUGGAACGAGAAGUCUUAGUAGCAGUACUUCGAAUUCAUCAUCAGUUUUGAACCUAAAAAGUUUCGUCGCAGAGGAAGUUCGAAAAAUUGAAGAUUGGUGGGGGCAACCGCGAUACAAGGAUGUGGAAAGACCCUAUUCGUCACUUGAUGUCGUCAAACACAGGGGAAGUUUACCAGUGGAAUGCAAUCGUUAUGCCUCUUCUUUCCAAGCUCAAAAAUUGUUCAGAUUGUUAGAGGAUAAAUUUGAGAAGAAACUCCCCCUCCACACUCUUGGUGUUAUCGAUCCUGUGCAGAUGACUCAAUUAGCAAGAUCCAAGGAGAUUGAGGUGGCCUACUUAUCUGGUUGGGCAUGUUCUUCUACUUUAGUGGGCUCCACUAACGAAGUUUCUCCCGAUUUUGGAGAUUACCCAUACAAUACUGUACCUAAUCAGGUUGAAAGAAUCUUUAAAGCUCAGCAAAUGCACGAUAGGAAACUUUUUUUGGAGAAAGUUGAAGGAUUAACCAAUGACGACACUACUGAUUAUCUAAAGCCAAUAAUCGCAGAUGCUGAUAUGGGACAUGGUGGGAAUACCACAGUUAUGAAAUUGGCCAAAUUGUUUGCCGAGAAAGGUGCGGCCGCCAUACACUUAGAGGAUCAGAUGGUAGGCGGCAAAAGGUGCGGUCAUCUAGGGGGUGCAGUGAUAGUUCCCUCUUCAACCCAAUUGUCACGAUUAAUAGCAACCAGGCUCCAAUGGGAUAUUAUGGGUACGGAGAACCUCAUCCUAGCAAGAACUGAUUCGUGUAAUGGAGAACUAUUGAGUAGCAGUAGUGACCCUCGCGAUCACAAAUUUAUAAAGGGAACCAUUGAACCAGGAAUCACACCUUGGAGUGACAGAUUAGCAGGAUUAGAAAGUCAACCUAUGGUAACUAGUGACCAAAUUGCCAUUGAAGAAGCGGAAUGGUACGACAAGCAUCAUGUGUUUACCUUUGACGAAGCACUACAAAAGCAAGUGUCUCAGACCGAAUAUGAAAGGUAUCUGGAAUUAAAGAAUAAACACCUCAAAGAAAAGCCAUUUGUAAGUUUGAAAGAAAUGAAAGCAUUGGCUUCUCAAGCUUCCCCCGCUACUACCAUAGAAUUUGACUGGGAUGCGCCCAGGACCAAAGAGGGAUACUACCUUUACAAUGGCGGUAUGGAGGCUGCCAUUGAAAGAUCAUUAUACUUUGCACCUUAUGCUGACAUGAUCUGGCUUGAGACGAAAACUCCAGAUUUAAAGCAGGCAAUUUCAUUUUCCUCAAGAAUCCACGAAGUUUAUCCACAUGUUAAAUUAGUUUACAACCUGUCGCCCAGUUUCAAUUGGAGUGCACACGGCUAUACAGAAGAAAACUUGAAGGGUUUUAUUUGGGACCUUGCUAAACACGGAUUUGUCCUACAACUAGUUUCAUUAGCAGGGCUACAUGUUAAUGGCUUGUCAUUCUGGCAACUUGUCAAGAGUUUUGGUCAGAAUGGUAUGAAAGCGUACGUCGAGCAAGUACAGCGUCUGGAGAAGCUCGAAAAUAGUGACGUUCUCACACACCAGAAAUGGUCUGGUGCAGAAUACGUUGAUUCCAUAAUUAAAGUUUUACAGAACGGAUCCUCAUCACAAACUCUAAGCACAUCCGGAGACUCCUUCACGGAGAAUCAGUUCUGA